AUGAACGGAGGUUCUCACGACGUGGAUGCGGCAGCACCCGCACAGACCGGCAGUGCUGCGGGUGCCAUUGCUGCUGGUCGCAAGAAGCUCAUGGGCUAUGUCGGUUUCGCCAACCUCCCCAAUCAGGUGCACCGAAAAAGUGUGCGCAAAGGCUUCAACUUUACUGCUAUGGUCGUCGGAGAGUCGGGUCUCGGCAAGUCGACACUCAUCAACACGCUGUUCAACACCACACUCUACCCUCGCAAGGAGGUGCCACCUCCUCACCAGGAACGUCCAAAGACGGUGGCUAUCGAGUCGAUUAGCUCGGAUAUUGAAGAGAACGGUGUUCGCUUGAGGCUCAACGUCGUCGACACUCCAGGUUUUGGCGACUUUAUCAACAAUGACGAGAGCUGGAAGCCGAUCGUUGAAAACAUCGAAUCGCGCUUCGACAACUACCUCGAACAGGAGAACCGUGUGAACCGCAACAAGCUACAGGACAACCGUGUUCAUGCCUGCAUCUACUUUGUGCAGCCCACCGGCCACAGUCUGCGACCCAUCGACAUUGAGUUCAUGCGACGAUUGCACCAAAAAGUCAAUCUGAUCCCCGUCAUCGCCAAGUCGGACACGCUGACCGACGAGGAGAUUGUCUCGUUCAAGCAGAGGAUCCUCAACGAUAUUGCACACCACAAGAUUGAAAUCUUCCACGCACCCAUUUACGAGAUGGAAGACGAGGAGACGCUUCUGGAAAUCCAAGAGAUCUCGAGCAAGGUGCCUUUCGCCGUGGUGGGCUCCAAUACCGAGAUUGACACGCCCGAUGGACGACGCGUACGCGGCCGAGCUUACCCUUGGGGUGUGAUUGAGGUGGACAACGAAGAGCACUGCGACUUUGUCAAGCUGCGACAGAUGCUCAUCCACACACACAUGGAGGAGCUCAAGGAGCAUACCAACAACGUGCUCUACGAAAAGUACCGAAGCGAGAAGCUGGUUGCCUUGGGUGUCACGCAGGACCACUCGGUGUUCAAGGAAGUCAACCCAGCAGCCAAGAUGGCCGAGGAGCGCGCUAUCCACGAGGCAAGGUUGAGGAAGAUGGAGAAUGAGAUGAAGCUCGUCUUCCAGCAAAAGGUGGCCGAGAAGGAGGCCAAGCUCAAGCAGAGCGAAGAGGAGCUCUACGCACGCCAUCGCGAGAUGCGCGAUGCGCUCGAGAAGCAGAGGCAAGAGCUCGAAGAGAAACGUCGCAGACUCGAAAGCGGCCGUCCGCUCACGCCCGAAAAGGUUUCGCAGGCGACCAAGAAGAAAGGUUUCUCACUGCGAAACUAA